UAUAUUUGCAUAUAAAAUUUGACGGUAUUGCAAUAUAUAUGAAAAUACAUUUGUUAUAAACUACGAUAAAGUUGAGGGAGUACCCUUACUAAACGAUUUUGUUAUUGUUUAUGCAAUGGUCAAUGUGGACGUAGAAUACUGCGGCGUCUGCAAUUUCGCCCUGCAGUGUCACCUGCUGCGUCAGUUUCUGGUGGACGCGGCGCCGGAUGUGCAGGUGUCCUGUCACCAGGGACGCCGAGGAUCGUUUGAGGUGAAGAUUGACGACCAGUUGGUGCACUCAAAGCUCUCCUGCCUGGCCUUUCCACAGCAUGAGAGCGUGCUCACCCAAGUGCAGCGGGCACAGCGUGGUGAAUCCCUGCAACCCGUAAAGGAGGCUCCCAUCAAGGAUUGCAGCAUUAUGUGAACGGAAGAGCAAAGCUGACCUAAUCAACCAAAUUUAUGUACAGUAUGUCAAGUAAUUUUUUUAACAAUUACAAAUAAAAC